UUUCACGUUGCCUCUUAACUUAGCUCAACUCUUAACUUUAAAUUCAAUUUAGAACCAAGGAGAGAAGUUCAAGCUUCGGGAAAUGACGGAAAAAUACAGAAAACUGCAGCAGCAGUUUCUCUGCUGCUAUCCCGUGAACAAAAUGGCCUGGUCUUCCGUAAAGUUACCGUUAAGUUGGGAGGAGCAGCAAGCCCUAAUGGAUGCAACCUGUCGCCAUCCGCUGAACCAGCGUCAUCCCGUGCGACGCAGCUACGUGGAGGCAUUUAUCAAGCAGCUAAUGCAUUUACUCAAGGACCAGGAUGAGUUGCACGACGAUAUAUACGGCAGUCUGUGCAACCGAAUGGCAGAGGGGUCAGAUACGGGAACGGUCUAUUCCUACAAACACUAUAUACUGCAGCCGGAUGCCUGCAUCACGCUCCGCGAGUCCAAUAGCUUUGUUAGCGAAGGCACCACUGGAUUAUGCACCUGGGAGGCUGCACUGGCCUUGGCCGAUUACUUGGUGGAGCAUCCCCAACUGGUGCGUGGAAAAAAUGUAGUGGAGCUGGGCGCUGGAGCCGGACUACUGGGCAUCCUCUUGAAAUUACCUGCCAUGUCGCUUCAGGCGGGACAGGUCCUCAUCACCGAUGGCAGUGAACCCUGUGUCCAGCUGAUGCGCGAGAAUAUAGCCCUGAAUUUUGCGGAUACAGCGAAGGAACAGGCCCCCAAAGCGGAGCAGCUGCAAUGGGAUGCAGUUAGUGAAUUUCCAUGGCAGGAUUAUGCUGAAACGGAUUUGCUUCUAGCUGCCGAUGUGAUCUAUGAUGAUUCCCAGUUCGAUGCCUUGCUGGGCGCCAUGGAUUUCUUUUACACGAGGCGAGGCAGUCAGCUGGAAAUGCUGCUGGCCAGCACGGUGCGUAAUAUGGACACGCUGCAUAAGUUUAUGACCAAACUGCGCCUUUGUAACUACAAGGUGACUCCCUGUGCGAAUGUCUCUGCUUGUGCCAGCCACUUUUGUCGCGAUCACACAGCCGCCGUUCAGGUUAUCUCCAUUAGACGCUAGUCUUAGCCCUCUUAAAAUAAACCGAUAAUAAAAUAACGAAAACUACUA